AUGAUGCGCCCGUCCCGGUUCGGUUUCGUGCUCCUCCUGUUCUCGAUGGUGCUCGGCGGGUGUGCCGCGCCGAUUCACCGGAACCCGGUCCCUCGGGAGCUGGUGCUGACGGCGGAGGUGCCGGGGAUGCCCUGGGCGCGGUUCAUCGGCGACCACGCGUACGCGGGGCGCGGGAACGACCUUGACGAUCGGCGGGCCGAGUACACGCGCCAGCUCCGCGAGAGCGGCCUCGCGCGCGAGCCGAUCCGGUUCCUGGCGGUGUCGGGGGGCGGCCAGAACGGGGCGUUCGGGGCGGGUCUUUUGUGCGGGUGGACGGCGCGGGGGGACCGGCCGGAGUUCCGCGCGGUGACGGGGAUCAGCACGGGGGCGCUGAUCGCGCCGUUCGCGUUCCUCGGUCCGGAGUACGACGACGCGCUGCGCACGGUGUACACCACGGUGGAGACGAGGGACCUCGUGCGUCAGAAGGGGAAGCUCGAGGGGCUGACGUCGGACUCGUUCGCGGACUCGAGCGGGCUGUACCGCUCGAUUCAGGAGCACAUCACGGAGGAGAUGAUCGAGGCGAUCGGGCGCGAGCACUGGCGCGGGCGCCGGCUGACCAUCGGGACGACGAACCUGGACCUGAUGGAGCCGGUGUACUGGAACGUGAGCCGGAUCGCGGCGAGCGACCACCCGGGCAAGGUGGAGCUGAUCCACAAGAUCCUGCUGGCGUCGGCGUCGAUCCCGGUGGCGUUCCCGCCGGUGUACAUCGACGUGGUCGCGGCGGACGGGGAGGCGUACGACGAGAUGCACGUGGACGGGGGCGCGACGACGCAGGUGUUCGUGUACCCGCUGACGCUCAACAUCGGGGAAGAAUUCGAGGCGAUGCGCAUCAACACCGAGGACCAGCAGCUGUACAUCAUCCGGAACGCGUCGUUCGCGGCGCGGCACGAGGUGGUCGAGGCGCGAUCGCUGUCGAUCGCUGGCCGGACGGUCUCGUCGAUGAUCCGGACGCUGGGGAUCGGCGAUAUGUUCCGGAUGUACCUCGGCGCGCGUCGUGACGGGAUGGGGUUCAACCUCGCGUACAUCCCGCCGAGCUUCACGCUCGAGGAGACGGAGCCGUUCGACAAGGCGUACAUGAACGCGCUGUUCGAUGUGGGGUACGGGCUGGCGAAAGACGGCUACCCGUGGGAGACGAAGCCGCCGUACUUUGAUCUGGCGGAGGAGUGA